UGCCGGAAAGGACGAGCUGUGUCUGGUCGCUGUUCUCCCACUAGCCCCUAUUGUUGAUUUCUGACCGUCGAUCUUCGUAAUCGAGGGUUAAAAAUUGAAUAAUCCAGGGUAGUGGGAUCUGACCCUUACUUAGCCGCAAGUCAUUCCGUCCUGAUUGGUGGUGAUAAUUGGGUUAACAGCUCGGCGCGCAGCUUCCUUCCUAUGGUUAUUGGUCUAGAAGGUGUCGCUUCUCGUUCUCGUUUCUUGCUGGGAUUGGGAGGAAACACGUGGCGUUUAGGAGGAGGAGGAGGAGGAGGACGAAGAGCAGGAGGAGGAGGCCGAAGAGGAGGGGGAACAGGACGAAUUGGAGGGAGAGAGAGGUAGGGCUUUGCUACCCUCGCUAGGGGAGAGGGAGGUAGGAAAAGGCGAGCCUCGUCUGUCGUAACGGGCAAACACGAGUUUCAACAACAAUUAAGGAGAGACGGUCAAUAUGAGAGCGGCAACGAUAAAUCGUCUGUAACUAAGGAAGAGAACGAGGGGCACAAGAAGUUCAUGAUUUGUUGCCACUGAGUGUCUUUUUCUAUUUCAUUAUCGGCUCAGAGGUUCGAAUUCCUAUCAGUGAUUGCCUUUUUUUUUUCCGAUCUCCCGCCGGGGGGAGUUCAUUGUAACGUGGUGGUAGGGAUUAGGAGGAGGAGUAGGAGCACAACUUAGCUGUACCUCAGGUUGGAAGAGAAAGAGGGGUGAACAGUGAGUGAAGAGUAAAAGAGAGAAGCAAAAGAGCAGAAACGGAGGCAUUGCGAAAUCUGUUCCCGCGGAGGAACAGUUGGGAGUUUUGGGUGCCUGUUGUUGUCAGAAGAAGGAAAGCAGCAAGAGAGCACGAUGAGGACCGACCUGAGUUGCCUUGAUCCGCCGACUUUAUGUCGUAGUCGUCUUCCGGGGUUGGGUGCCGAAGAGGAUGUGAUGGGUCUGCUUGAGAAGACCGUCCCCGGCCGGCUGGAGCUGCCCCAGGUUGCUGAUCUGGACGCCUUUGAGAAGUCUGCUGUGCAAAUGGUGAAGCCGAGUAAGGGUACAACGACUCUCGCUUUCAUCUACAAGGAUGGAGUGGUUGUCGCGGUGGACUCCCGCGCCAGCAUGGGACCGUACAUCUCCUCUCAGACGGUCAAAAAAGUCAUUGAGAUCAACCCCUACCUUCUUGGAACGAUGGCUGGAGGUGCUGCCGACUGCCAGUUCUGGCAGCGAAACCUUGGCCUCCGUUGCCGCCUUCACGAGCUGGGCAACAAGAAGCGCAUCUCCGUCGCUGGCGCUUCCAAACUCCUCGCCAACAUUCUCUUCUCUUAUCGCGGAAUGGGACUUUCCAUGGGUACCAUGAUUGCAGGCUGGGACGAUACUGGGCCCAACGUUUACUACAUUGACAGCGAUGGCGCUCGGCUUAAAGGCCAAAGGUUCUCUGUUGGAUCGGGUUCCACCUACGCGUACGGUGUGCUGGACGCCGGCUACAAGUGGGAUCUGAAAAAGGAGGCGGCGUGCGAGCUCGGCCGAAGAGCCAUUUACCAUGCCACCUUUAGAGAUGCUGCGAGCGGAGGAACGGUCAGCGUCUACCACAUUGGGCCAGAUGGGUGGGAGAAGAUCUCAGGGGAUGAUGUCAACGACUUGCACUAUGCCUACUACCCUGUGCAGAGCACCCAGCAGACGCCGCCUGAACAGUCGAUGACAGACGUUGCAUCGACAUCCUCGUCCUAGUGACAUGAGUUUAGAGAUGCUGCGAGCGGAGGAACGAUCAGUGUCGGUACAACGUUGGGCCAGAUGGGUGGGAGAAGAUCUCAGGCGAUGACGUCAAGGACUUGCAUUAUGCCAAUACCCUGUGCAGGCCACUCAGCAGACCCCACCUGAACAGUCGAUGACAGACGUAUUGCAUCCACAUCCUCGUCCUAGUGAUGACAUGGGUCAGCACAGUGGCGCAACUAGGAGAGGAUUGAUCAGUACCAGUAGCAGCAGCAGCCCAGCAGAGGGCAGACAGCAGCACAGCAGACAGCAGCAGCAUAAGUAGCAGUAGGAAUAGCUGGACCAGGUGCAGCGAACCAGCAAGCUGAUGCGUACAUAUCCUCUUCUGAGUAGUAGGAGGUGACCCGGCUUGUCUUAUCCAACAGAGAGGGUUGUAGAUUGGCUUCUUUUUUUUCUAUUCAGUGGUGGUCUCCUUCGGUUCACGCCGUUUCCAUUUGUGCUCGUGGGGCACCUGUGCCUGCAAGUGAAGUGUCUUUCAACUGUUAACUGUGGCUGAUCACCCAGUGCUGGAAGUUGGGAGAGGGAGGUGGUUUCGUUUGUUUUUCUAUGGUCUGGUUCUGCUUGUGUUUGUGAGU